AUGGCCACCCUGAGGGCGGCCGCCCUGCUGACGUUGUCAGCACUGGGCGUGUUGGGUUUGAAGACGAAGGAUCAGAGGGGCGCAUGCAAGAUCUUUGCCAUGUGGGACUAUCAUCCCAGCAAGGUGCCCUUCUUCAUCCAGAAGGAUUUGGAGUCGUGGGAGAAGCACUCCCAUGGGCGCUGUGGCCCUCCAGUCCUACUCAAUAACACCAACAUCAAAGAGUACAUCCCGGAUCUCCCGGCCGAGUACUUCAGGCUGCCGGACCACGGCGCCCGGUCGGACGUGAUCCGCUAUGCGCUGAUUUAUCACCACGGAGGCAUCUACAUGGACACAGACAUCCUGGUCUUGAAGGACCUCACAGAGGUCUUGGACAAGGUCACGGGUGAUUAUGACCUGAUCUCCUAUGCCCACACCAAGAGCUGCAAAGCCUUUAGCUCCAACUUCUUGGCCGGAAGAAAGCAUAGCCGCUUCAUGAAGGCGGUCUGGGAGGCGCAGAAGGAAGCCUUGAGAUCUCAUUGUGAGUCCAACAGUCCCGAGAACAAGGUUUGCUGCCCUGAUGAUCCCAAGAAGAGGUGUCACGUGCACUGGGGUGGCGCUGGAGAGAUGGUCUCCCAUCCGGUCUUCGAUCGCAUGUCUUCAUCCAUGAAGAGCUUCUGCUAUGCAGAGGAGGAUGGCCAGUCCUUUGCUCCGGAAGGCAUGGGCACCGUGCUGUUUACGAAGCGGCUCCUGAACGAUGCCUUGCCCUUCUUCAAGUCGGUGAAGACCAAGGCACCGUUGGAUCGUUUGGCAUAUCACCUCUUCAAUGCCCAAGGAUUUCAAAGGGAGUACGAUGGCAGCGCCAUCUUCGACCCGAAGCUCUUUGUGGGCGCUCUCUUUCGAAAGAGCUUGGGGAACAUCACGCUGCCCCACAUGCCGGCGGAUGAUGGCCCUGCCUCGUACUGUGCCUCCGAGGGGGAGAUGUGCCGCUGCAGCGGGAAGGUCUACUUCGGCCGCAAGUUCGCCAACGACCAGGACGGUGACCGCCUGACGUUGUCGGAGAUGACCUUGGCCCAGCACCGCAGUCGCCAUGUCAAUGGCGACGUGGCGUGCAGCACGGGAUCCUUCGAAUCGGAUCCCCAGAUCAAUCGGCCCAAGCAGUGUCUCUGCCAGGCGCUCCAUGGAGAAGCGCCCAAGAGCCCUGCGGAUGAUGGGCCAGCCACACUCUGCGCCAAUGAGGGCGAGAUGUGUCGGUGUCAAGGGAAGGCCUACUACGGCAGAAAGUUUGGCAAGGAGCGGUCGGUCUUGAGCCUCGCGGAGACGGUGACCUCGGUCUACCGAGCCCAGAUGGUCUUUGGACAGAUCCGCUGCUCACCCCAGGGCUUCGGAGGCGAUCCGUUGCUGGGUGUCUCCAAGCACUGCUCCGAAACGGAGGAUCGCCGUUGUGCCAGCAUGGCGACCGCGGAACAAAUAAAACCGUGGGAACGAGAGGGCUCUAGCUCGAUUGAUGAGUUGGGCAGCGAUCUGGAAGAGGACAUGCCCGAGCCGCCCAAGGCUUCCUCUGCACCGCAGCCAGGGUGGUGCCUUCAAACUGGCACGGACUCUGUGGUGGCCCAGUUGGCGGAGAUCCUCCGUCGCUUGGAUGACGUGGCCACGGGCGCGCGCCUCGAAGAGGUCAUCGAUCGCAUGGACUCCAACUCCGCGCUGCUGAGGGAAGCGCUACGGAACACGAAGAGUCCUCGCUUCAAAGGGACCUUAGACACCUUUGAGACCUUUGAUACCUCCAAGUCAUCCAACAAUGAAAGCCCUAACUGCAACCAGGCCGUGGUGCACAAGCAGGCCUCGGACCAGUCCUCCUUGUCCCGGGUCCGUGUGAAGCCGAAGAAGAAGAUCUCGAUGCACUCGGCGGGCACGGGACUGUUCACCACCUUCACGGAGGCGGACCUGGCGCUCCGUGCGCGGGCGCAGGCCGAGGACUCGCGGAUCACGCGGCAGCGCUACGCGGACCACGAGCUGCAGCACAGCGUGGAUCAGGAAGCACCACCCACUCGGCUACAAGACUUUGUGCGACAUCCAGCCUUUGAUGGCUUCUUUGCCAUGAUCGUCCUCAUCAAUUGCUUCUUCAUCGCCUUUGAAGUUCAGGAGAGCAUUUGGAACGAUGCACCACAGUCCGUCUUCUUGACUGCCACCCAAUACGCCUUCUCUGCGAUCUUCACCAUUGAGCUCAUCUUGCGCUUUGCGGCCUUUGGUUGUUCGCUCUUCUGCUCGGACGAAUGGUCUUGGAUCUGCUUGGACACGUUGAUCGUCUUGACCUCCCUGGUGGAAGUCGUGGGGAAUGUGGCUGUGGCGAUCACCCAGGAUGAGGCCCUGGCGAACAGCGUCUUGAACAUUUCAGGCUUCAAAGCUUUUCGCAUCAUCCGGGUGACCCGGAUCCUGAAGACCUUGCGCUUGGUGCGGGUCUUCCGCUUUGUGAUGGCCUUGCGCACGCUGGUCACUUCCAUCGUCUACACCUUGCGAUCCCUGUUCUGGGCGAUGGCAUUGCUUUUGCUCAUCGUCUUUGUCUUUGCCGUGUUGCUUGUUGAAGCAGUGAGCGACUAUGUGCAGAACAAUCCCGGUGUGUUGCCAUUUGAGGAGAAUGAGGCUGUGACGAGGUACUUUGCUUCUUUACCUCACACCAUGCUGACUCUCUUCAUGAGUAUCUCAGGUGGCGUCAGCUGGGAAGAGGUCAUUGCGCCUUUGAGGAUCAUCUCCUACCUCUGGGUCUUUGUCUAUGUGGGCUACAUAUCGUUCACUUACUUCGCGGUGCUCAAUGUUGUCACAGGAGUCUUUUGUCAAUCUGCCAUCGACAGUGCGCAGAACGACCACGCAAACGUGGUUCAGUCCAUGCUGGCGAACAAGGAGGCACAUGUGGAGAAGAUCAAGCAGCUGUUCAGCCGGUUGGGUGCCGACAAGACAGGGGUUAUCACCUACGGCAUGUUCGAAGAAGGCCUUCAAAGUCCAGCGGUGACCGAAUACUUCGACACCCUUGGCUUGGACGUGUGGGAUGCAUGGUCCUUCUUCAAGUUGCUGGACCUGGACGCGGGCGGCUCCGUUGAGAUCGAGGAAUUUUUUAAAGGUUGCUUGAGGCUGCGGGGCCAAGCCCGAGGAGUGGACUUGGGGAAGUUGCUCCAUGACCAGCGUUGGCUGAUCAAAGCUCAGGGGCGAUUCCAGAGUUACGUGGAGGUGAAGCUUCGAGAGAUGACCGAGGUCCUGGAUGAAAUCAACACGCGGAAAGGACACCGCCAAGGUCCUGGGGAGAAACUGGACCUGCCCAAGUCGAACUUCAUGCGCGGCAUCUCCCCACUCUCGGCGGAUGACCGAAUUCUCUAA